UCUACCAGGGCAAGGAGCAGAAAGCGAGCUUGAGUGUCCGGUUACCAGUGCGUUGACAGAGUUCGAAGCGGUGGUUGGUUCCAGCAAGUGAGUGCAGAAGUACGGUCGAGCAGCAGCAGCAGUGUUGAUCGGCUUGAGUUGAGUGCAGCAGCGAGCAGGAUCAACCACAAAGUUUCCUCUUCAAAGCAUCAUCCAUCAUCCUCGGUCUUUGAGUCGUUGAUCUAGCAUCUUCGGCGACAUCCGUCCGAGACACAGAGCAACCCACUGACAAGAACCUCGAACCUAGCACAUGAACCGUUAGUGUAGAGCCACAUCGCUCUGAAUUGGAUUGGUUGAUCGGGUCAUCAGCAGAACCCGAAUACCAAAUAUCACAUUGGCGUCGUCGGUCUCGGCACUUGUUUGUGCGGUUGCUUGUCGCGUCUUUGAUUUUACAGCAGUAUUACAAGCAUGACCAUGCGUACUCGCAGCAAGACGAUUGGUUCGGUUCGUGGUACCCGUAGCGCGCCUGCCUCGCGUUCGGGGUCGCCCUCCCCAGCUCGCGUGCCCUUUGCCCGCCUCUCUUCCACCUCGCUUGUCGUUCCCUCUGGCGGCGAGCUUUCUGGUGCGUCGGCUGCUGAUCUUCCUGCCGGAUCUUCCGCCGGCGAUCUUCAGGACCCUACCGCCGUCCAACUCGGCGCUGCCGCCGCUGCGCUGGGGGUCACGGCUCACCCGGGGGCUAUGCGUGGCCUCCUCAGCGACGGCGACGACGAGCAGGACGGCGACAGCGUCGCCUACGUCGACGCGGACCUCUUCCAGACCGAGGAGGAGCUUCGCCAGCUCCGCGAAGGCGCGUCCCUCGCGGCCGCGGUUGAGGGCAGCCUCCACCUCUCCGACGGCCCCCCACCGCCGGGGUCGCCGGCCGCCGUGGCCAACGCUCACGCCGACGCGUUGUGCGCCCGCGAGGGCUUUGUCGCGGUGUCGCAUGGCGCCAGGGCGGCCGAUGUUGCGGCCGCGGCAGCCGACUUGGCCUUGCAGCGUGAGAUAUCGCAGCAAGCUGUCGCCGCCGCUGCUACUGCCGUCAGCCGCCUGCAGCUCCUGGAACGCCGCGCUUCCGACGCGGGCGAGGAAGUGGAGCUGGUCCGCGCUUCCGGGGCUUCGCAUGGAGACGGCGCGGGCGGACGUUCGGAGGAGCACGGUAGCUCUUGGCAUCGCCGAGCGCUCGAAGUUGCCUACGCCCGCCGGCUCUUCCGAGCUUCCCCACCACGCGCCGUCGCCGGCCGCGCCACCUCCCUCACGCCGCCGGCCCCGGCCGCCUCCCCGCCCAUCCCGGUGACGCCGCCAGCGCAGACCGGGGCCGGGGGCGAGGGCGCUGCAUCCCGUUCUUCGCCUUCUGCAUCGGCUGACGUGGCGUCGAGGAUUUCGCGCUCUUCUCGGGCGGGGAACUCUUCGGCUGCAUCGACCCAUGAUCUCCCGCCCCCCGAUUCUCCGAGGGCGGGCUACCGCCAUAUGGGCAUCGCCGCAUCGGUGGCCGCUGCCGCCGCCGGCGCCGCCCCGUCUGCGGCGACGCCCGCGGCCGCUGCCCCUACUGCGGCGGCGGCGCGGCGGCGAACGGGCUUCAUCACCACGCACCACGCUUCACCAGCUUCAGCAGCGCCGGCUCCGGAGGCGGCGGGGAAACGGCGGGGAGGAGCUGGGUCCUCGGCCCCUCCGCCGGCCAGCCCCCCUCGGGCCGGCGCUCCCCGGGCGAGGGAACCGCCGGCCGACACGCGGCGGGCUGGCGUCGUGAUUCGUCGUCACGAUCCUCCGCCGGCCGUCGCGCGGCGGGGGAGUGUUGUGAUUCUCCACCACGACUCCGGUGCCCGACGAGCUUCGACUUCUUCACGGAAUCCGGUGCCUUCUCUUCGUGGCUCGGCGUCGCGGCCGUCGUCGGAGACCGACCCAAGGGCGGCGCCGCCGCGUGCACACCAGCCACGCGAGAACCCUCGGGAGCCGGCGACGUCGCGGGAUCAAUACGUGCGCCGACACACUUCGGUGCCCGCGCUCGACUUCGCCGCAGAAGAGACGCGGCUUCACCGCGGUGGAACGGUCGCCUCGGGUCGGCCACAGCAACCCCGCGGGCGGCACUGGUCCGACAAGCUCCAUGUUCCGCGUGACACCCUCUCCGGUGAGAUCGGCAGGAGGACGCUGCUGGACGAGCAGCUGGGUAUUCGACUUCACGACGCGGAACGAGCGUGUGCCGGGUCGGGAUGGACGGACCCAGAGUUGGGGGACGCCUACACGCAGGCCCGCUCGGACUUCAGCGACAACCGCCGCCGCUUGUGGGAGCUCGAAGACGCCUGCGAUCGGCGUCAAGGCCGAGCGCACGCGUGGGGUCCUCCUCGCGAUUGGGAAAUGCUGCGGGCGGUGCAAGCGGAGCCGGCGGCCGACCGCCGGGAGCCGCCGUCGCCGGGCCGCGACGGUCAGCGUGAGCGCCACCGCCGAACUAACAAACGCUCGCGGCGGCAGCACAACCGCUCCUGCCGCGAGAGUUCUUCCUCCUCUUCGUGGUCGUUGGACGGCUCGGGAGACGACAGGGAUGAAUGGGGGGCGCCGGCGGAACGAGAGGCCGUCCAUCACGUGCGGGCCUCAAGCUCUCGCCGGCAGGGCGCCACGAGUGGUGGAAGGAAGCAGAACACGGGGUCGGGGGGGGGAGGAGACCGCGGGAGUCCGCGUUCGGGGGAGGACGAGAGGGAGCGUCGACACAGCCGAGCGUCGUCUUCGAGGGGCUCGGAGGCUGGUGGAUCUUCCCGGGCUUCGAGACUAACCCGUGUGCCGUGUUCUUUGUCCCCCAGCUCACGAUCCCCUUCCCCACCCCCUCACAAUCCGAAGGUAGCCUCUAAACUCAUGGCACUCAAUGUGCACCGCAUGUUUCAGCAGUAUGUGCGGCCACGCCUGCCGUUGCCUGCCGGCAACACGUGGACGGCCCUUGUGACGUUGGUAGGUCGGCUACGCCAUGUAGUCCGGCAAGGCCGACAGGCGUGUGGCGAUUUCCACGCCACCGCGUGGGCGCCAGAGUGGACGUCGCUCGCUCAACAAUUUCUAGUGAGUUGUGUAGCGGCAGAAAGUGGGGAAGGGCCGGUAAACAAAAUUUUGUCCAUCGGCCGGGACCUCAACGACACAAUCCGAGAUAGGAAGCUCAACGGCCCACAAAGGUUUGCCGAGCUUGUCAGCCAGCUCACGAGGCGGUUCACGAGCUUGAAGGUCAAUUCCAUCCCGAUCAUGUUGGCACAGUUCUCCGUUCCGAUCCACACACCCCUGCAAGAUUGGAUAGUCCAACUAAAAGAACUUGUAGAAGGGUUGUCGUGUUUCGGGGAUUCGUGCCCGACAGACGCGCAAAUCGUCUCAACCGCCAUUGAAGGAACGGUGUCCACCAGAUCAACACAUUCCUACCGACCAAGGGUUCACGCGGUAGCGCGGGGUCGCUCGUUUGAAACAUUGGCCCAUGGGCGCGAGUUUGAACUAAGCAGUGACGAGGAAGGAUACCAACGCACAUCUCGGCACCUGUACCCCGUGCUCGGUAAGGGAUCAGACAAAUGCGCAUCAACGUCGAACAACCCUUCGCUCCGCUUCUGGAAAUACUCCGCUGAUUCGGUAGAGGGCGUGAAGGCUAAAAGUCAGCUGCCGCGUGACGCCUGCUACAACUGCGGUCGCACCGAUCACUUCCUGCGUGGUUGCCCUGAGUCCUUUAAGAAUGAGUGUGGUAUGUUUUGCGAAUCAUUUGGGGAGAGUAGCCCCGUUUCGGUUGAAGAAAGAUGGCAAGCCAAGCUCCGUAGCCUAGAAAGGAAACAACAAGGGAGGGGUCCCUCUUUGUACCCUGGAAAAUAG